GGUUUUGUUUUAUCAUUUCAUAACAAUAACACAAAUAAAAUGUCUUUUAUAGAAAAGUUGAAUUAUUAUAGUAAAAGAAAAUCAUUUAAAUAUGGCAUACCCUUUCUAAUUAUGAUGGUGGCUGGCUCAUUUGGAUUACAACAGUUUUCCAAUCUUAGAUAUCAAUAUGCUAAAAAGCAGCCGGUGACACCUGAAGAAAUGAAGAAAUAUGGCGUGAGUAUGAAGAAACGCCAAGAAGUAACGCUUGAAACAGAAUAUGAUAAAGUUAAAUCCAUUGAUAUUGACAAUUGGUCCAACAAGCGCGGUCCGCGCCCCUGGGAAGAGGAGGAACUCACAAAGUCGGUAACGGCAAAACAAUAACUACAAGACAUAUUGUGAUUUAGGCGAUAAUGUUUAUUAAGUGACAGCUUGUAAAUAAAAUUAUAAAUAAUCUUUAAAAUG